GGCCUUGCCGUGACGCGCCCGUCCCCCGCUCCUGGACGGGGGCGGGGAGAGUUGUGGCGGGGCAAGAGCUCGGUUAAGCAAGCGGAGCAGACGGCCAGGUCAAGGCGCCAGAAGGUUCCCUUUGCUUUCUGUGAGCGCGCCCUGGGCGCCUCAACCCAGCCCAGCCCAGCCCAGCCCAGCCCUUCCCUUCCUUCCUUCCUUCCUUCCUUCCUUCCUUCCCUGCCUUCACUGCGCGGAUCGAAGCUCCGGAUGCCGUUCCCCGGCGGCUUAUGGUGGCUGCUGUGCUGCAGGCAAGGCUUCACCUUGCUGCGACGUGACUAUUGUGAGGCAAGCAAGGGGGUGACCGGUGAAGAAGAAGAAGUUGAAGAAUCCUUUGAAUUACGCAGCCAAGGCGAUGAGGACUCUACCUUGCAGGUGAACCUCACGCAACCCAGUCGUGCUAGCAGUUGUUCUGAAAGGUCUUCACCAGUGACUGAAGAGACACACAGUCUUAUUACAGAGAAGAAGUGUGGAAGGAUGCAACAUGAAUCUGAUGCUAUUGUGAAAGGUUGGCUGCAGCGAGAGGUCCGAGGAGGUAUUAAAACCCCCUGGUUGCGUCCUCGCAAAUACUGGUUUGUGUUGACAGAGGAUUCCCUAGAUUACUACAGUGGGUGUGAGGUGAGCGCCCAACGCCUUGGGUCCCUUGUUCUCACCAGCCUCUGCUCUGUGCUAUGGCCCGACAAGCAAACCUAUAAGGAAACAGGCUACUGGGCAGUGACAGUUUUUGGCAGAAAGCAUUGCUACCGGCUCUAUACAGAACACUUAAAUGAAGCCGUGCACUGGGUUUGUGCUUUACAGAAGGUUAUCAUCAGCAAGGCCCCUGUGCAGACCCCUACACAGCUCCUCAUGCGUGACAUUGAGGAGAACUGCAACAGCCCAGAAAUCUUGGAUCAAAUUUAUCACAAUAAUCCCAUCCUACGUUAUACAGCUGGCCCAAUCUAUGCACCUCUCCUGCCGUUCCCUUAUGCAGCUCCGGGUGGCCAAGGUUAUGCAGGGCUUCGUGAUGAAGCUGUCAAGCUGUUCCAUUCACUACAGCAGCUUGAAGAAGUGCGAGAUCCAAUCCUCCUCAUGCAGGGGGUGCUGCAAACCUGCCAUGACCUUCCAGCCCUGGUGGAUGAAAUAUACUGCCAACUGGUGAAACAGACAACAGAGCCACCUAUUCCAGGGGCACCCACAGAUUUGCGCUAUUGGCAACUGCUUGUGUGCAUGAGCUACACAUUUAUACCUUCUGUGCCAAUACUCUGCUACUUGCACCUGCAUCUGCAGCGGAUGGAGAAACGGUUCCCAAGAUCACCAGUGACCCACUAUGGACAUUUAAUCACACAAGCCCUGAGCAAAAGCAAGGGGCGGGAGUGUGUGCCCUCCUUGGAUGAGAUUGCAGCACUGAUAGGAAGCCAAGAAAUAACACAAUCCACGCAUUGUCCUGGUACUACCACCUGCUAUGUCACCGUCACAUCUAAUGCUACAGUCCAGGAGGGCCUUUUUUAUUGGGACAUUGUCUGUUGGACUGUGGAUCCGCUCUUCUUUGGUCAAGCAACAAGUAGAGAAGCAAGAACAUCUACACAGCAGUAUUCUGAAGGCCACUUCUGUGAUAUGGGCCAUCAUGAACAAACAGAAGAAAUAGAGUAUGGGACAGCUGAAGAUCACAAAAGCCUCCCUGGACCAGGUUGGAAAGUGAUUAGCUUUGGCUCUGCCCUUCCUGGUGCAUUGUUAGGUAAGUUACUCCAUCUAGAGAAUAUGAAAACAGAUGAUACAUCUGGAGAAAACAAGUUAUAUGAGAAGGGCAUGCAGAAAUAUUCUAGGAGCUUCGUUAGGGCCCUCCUGGACGAGAAAAAGAUUAUUUUCUCUCUAUUAAAAAGAGUUGAUACAUGAGAAUUGUCCAGAGGCACCUGAGAUAGCGUGAUAUCAUUUUAACCUCUCUUGAUGGGUGAGUUUUACUUUAAUUAACGUAUUACUGGAAACACCCCACUGUUCCUCCACCUUUGUAGUUAUCCAAUGUAUCUAGUUCCCAACCCGAAGGUUGCCUUGUUCUACACCCAGGGGAAUGCUAACCUUGAGGACUUUCAGGUGCAGCUGCAUAAUGUUCUUUAAUAUAAUUGGGCCACGCUGCUUAAGUGAUGAAAUUCCUGUCAUCCACACUUAGUAACCCAGCAGGGAGAGUUGGAAAAGGUUAUUUGACUUUGAAAUAAUGCCAAUCUAGAACUGAAGUACUGCUCUUGGUAAGUAGUUGAAUCAUGUGCCCUUCCUGUAUAUUGAGAAUCAGGUACAGUAUCAGCUGAAUAAAUGUAGGUAAUACACAUAAUCUUUCCUAGUCUACUUUUUUUUUUUAAGGUAUUUCUUUCUUUUAACAAUCUGGACUUUUGUGUACAUCUUGUCCAAGAAGAUGAAUGUCUGUUCAGUAUGAGAGAAGGGACCAGUAGCAAAUGUAGGGGUGUUGAAGACAGAAAGCUCUUCUCCCCUUCUGUACUACUGAGUCCAGCUCCAGUACAAUGUGUGAUAGUAUGUUAAAUACUUAACAUAGAAUGGUGUAAGGAUGUGUAUGCUUGAACUCAGUGUAUAUAUGUAUAAGUCCUGUAUGUGGUUUGUUUAAAAUGGCAAGCUGGUUUUACCCAACUUUGGCAAAUUUGAACAAAAAUCAUAUUCUUACUGGGCUGGUAAUUAGCCACACAGGCUAGUUGACUAGAAGCAAAUGAAGUUCCACAGAAAGUUCCACUUGUUCAACUUAACUCGAUUUUUCACACUCAAAACAGCUGCAACAGGGUAUUUCCAACUAUAUGUUCUCCGUGCUUAACAUUUCUCCAGCUUUUCUGAUUGAAAGGACAUAUACCAAAUCCUUUUUUCUUUUUGUUUUGGGUUUGUCAAGAGACAGAUGAUACUUGGAAUGGCAGUUGUAUGCUGGGAGGAUACUAGUGUUUAGCUGCCAUCAGAGACCUGUUGCUUUCUUUUUUCAGAUGAAGAGAAUUCUGCAGCAUCAACAGACAAGCAUGUUCAGCAUCAAGAACUCCCAGUAAUCACAUGAACAGGGACAUGUUUCCCAAAAUGCCAGUGAUGGAAUUCUGAUUAAGUUGAUUCCUCUGUGUCCUGGCAGGAGCCUUGUAGUUUUGGAUCAGCAUAUAUUCUGGUCAUUGAAAGGAAUAAUAGUGAUAUUUUUUGCUCCUAAGGAGCUAAUAAACUAUGUUGUCUGUACAGAGGGAUUCCCUAUUCCCACACCUAUUCUGAUUAAAUACUUUUUAUACAAACUGUGUCCUUGUCCUAUUCUCCUGUUAAAAAAAAAAAAAAAAUCAACUUUUGUUCCCAAGAAAUUUGUGCUGUGCCUUUACUUCAAAUCACCUGGAUGGUAUCUGGCACACUAUUCCCACUGACACACCCUAUUAAACAAAGGUUGUUAGAAACUGGCCAGAACCAUAACUUUCUCUCCUAUGCUUGUCUCAUAAGAAUGUAUAAUAAGGGAUAAAGAGAAAGUAAUUGUUCAGCCUUAUUGUGGGGUGUUCAUUAAAAGGGGAGCCAAGCAAAGGUAUGAGUUAUUAAAAAGAUGAGUGCAAACCCCUAUACAUUAAAGCCAAAGAAUAUAUGCAAGUUUUUCCAAGCACCCUGCUCUUCCAACGUUAAAAAACAGUGAGUACUAUAAUCUAGAUUAUAUUCUGUUUCCAUAGGAAUCCAGAAAUUGUGACUGUUUUAAAGCUCAAAAAGAAAAAAAAAAUGCUUCUAAGCACUUGCAACUUGUCUUUUCCACAUAAAAAUAAAGAGAAUGUCUUAUACAAUAGAUACAAUAUUCUUAAAAACCUGAAUAACAUUCUAAAAAUUAAGCACUGUUCUGCUUUCCUGGUCUAUGCACAACAUAAACCAGAAGAUACAAACUCUUUCCCAAAUAGCAAGGUACUUGGCUUUUCACAAUUAAAAUCCCCCAACAUACACACACAGUACCACAUCACCUUUGUUCUUUACAUUUCCCAAAAUUCAGAACACAGACUAAUAGCAAUUUGGUUUCUGAAAUUCUUUCCAGCCCCUUAAUAACUGCUCCAUUUUAAGUCACAUGACCAGGAGAGAAGAGGGAGGGGCCUUAAGAAUAGCAAAGUCAGCAACAUUCCAAACCACUGCCCAAUAGCCUCUCGCACAGGGAUGCACUGGGUGAAGUUAUGCUGGAUUGCUUUUCUCCAGAUCACCCUGGAUCACUUUGGCCUAUUUUCUAAUCUUUCUCUUGCCAGAUUCUCCCCUCACAGCAAAUCUGGUCCCAUUCUGUUCUGUUUUUGGAAAAUUAUCCUGCUGAUAGGCAGACAGAGUCCCAAGCUCCUUUACAUACUUUCUUUCUGACAUUCCAUUGGGCUGGAAAGAAUAAAAAGGAGUGUGAACACACUGUCCCUCUACCAACCCAGUCUACUGUAG